UUCUCCCUCUCUUUCUCCACAGACAGACUCCACAGAGAGACAGUCAAAACAAAGCAUCUCUCUCUCUCUCUCUCUCUCUCUCUCUAAGAAGCAGCCGUAAAAGUUCAAAUCCCAAAAAUACCCAUAAAACCAACUAAAUUUCCACUCUGUCAAGCCACUCUGUUUUCAGAAAACUCACAAACACAGAUCAAAGCAGCGGCAGCAAGGUCAUUUCGGUAACUUCAAAGAUCCCCGUGCUGUUUCCUUCUCGAUGUUAAUAACCAGUAAUAACAUUCCAGGCGUCGGAAUCCAGCUCUCCGACGGCGGCGGCGGAUUCUGGUCGGAACUUUUGGUCGCAACGCCGCCGUCGAUCACGACCGUCGCUUUCACUGCCCUAGCCGGAACCGCGUUGUUUGCCGCCCUGCUCUACACCACCAGUAGGUAGAUGAAAACUCUAAAACGAAGUCCAACGUCGCCGUCUUCGUCAAAUUCAUCUUCUCCUCCGUCGUCGUCGUCAAGUUUGUCGUCUUCUUCGUGGAUUCAUUUGCGUUCGGUUCUCUUUGUUGUUAAUUCCUCCUCACCGGCUUAUUGUUCCUCCUCUUCCUCUUCUGAUCGGGGUCGACUGAAGUCACCAUGGUCUCGAAGGAAAAGAAAACAUGCCCUUACACCUAGGCAGUGGAAAAGCUUGUUUACAUCAGACGGGAAACCCAGAGAUGGCGGGGUUAAGUUUUUGAAAAAAGUUCGAAGCGGAGGUAUUGAUCCAUGUAUUAGAGCAGAGGUCUGGCCAUUCCUCCUUGGAGUAUAUGACUUGAGUAGUUCCGCAGAAGAAAGAGAGAUCAUCAGAACCCAGAAAAGAAAGGAAUAUGAGAAAUUCCGCAGACAGUGCAGGCGAUUUCUCAAACGCAUCAAUGAGUGCUCUGGAGGAACUAGUGAAACAAGCUGUAUUGAGGAUAGUGGAAGUCCCACACAAGAUUCUGACUCCUCAAGUUAUGAAGAUGUGGUUAGUGCUAGGGAGUCUCUUUCAAGCGAGGAAAGGAGUCCAGAUGUUGAGGACUCUGAUGACCCCUCCAGUGCAUUGUUGGAAGGUGAUGAUGGUUCAGGUCAAGCCACAAACACUGAUGCCUCUGCACUAAACACCGAGUCAUCUGACUCAGACUCUUCUGAAGACCCUGAAGUCAUUCAGGCUUCCUCCUCAUCUGAGGGCAGGGAAGAGAAUGAUCCUGAUGUGCCUUUGAAAGAGAACAUCUCUCCCUCUAAGACUGAUCUCCAUCCAAACCAAUGCUCUGGUGAAAAUUUUGCCACGUGGCAGCGGAUCAUUCGUGUUGAUGCAGUGCGAGCCAAUUCUGAAUGGAUUCCGUAUUCCCCAUCUCAGGCAACAGUUUCAGAGUUAAGAGCAUGCCGUGCUGCAGAGGCUGUUGGGUUGAAGGACUAUGAUCACUUGGAACCCUGCAGAGUUUUCCAUGCUGCAAGACUAGUUGCUAUUCUCGAAGCCUAUGCAGUCUAUGACCCUGAAAUUGGGUAUUGCCAGGGCAUGAGUGAUCUACUUUCCCCAAUAAUUGCAGUGGUCACAGAGGAUCACGAAGCUUUCUGGUGUUUUGUGGGUUUCAUGAGGAAGGCUAGGCAUAAUUUUAGGCUUGAUGAAGUGGGGAUCCGAAGGCAACUCAAUAUUGUUUCCAAGAUUAUAAAAUGCAAAGACUCCCACCUCUACAGGCACUUGGAGAAGCUCCAGGCUGAGGAUUGCUUUUUUGUUUAUAGGAUGGUGGUUGUGCUGUUCAGGAGAGAAUUGACAUUUGAACAGACAAUUUGCCUCUGGGAGGUGAUGUGGGCAGAUCAGGCAGCUAUUAGGGCUGGUAUUGGAAAGUCUGCAUGGAGCAGGAUAAGGCAGCGAGCACCACCAACAGAGGAUUUAUUGCUUUACGCAAUUGCGGCUUCUGUGUUACAGAAAAGGAAAUUAAUCAUAGAGAAAUAUAGCAGCACGGAUGAGAUCUUAAGGGAAUGCAAUAGCAUGUCCGGGCAACUUGAUGUAUGGAAACUUCUCGACGAUGCACAUAAUCUGGUGGUGAACCUUCAUGACAAGAUAGAGACACCCUUCUGAAGACUGCUCAACGACCAUUUUGUCGCCCAUUUAUAUGCUUCAUUUUUAUUUUUUCAAGGUCUUUGUUCUGUGGAGAUAUUUCCAGCCUUCUUGUGCUCUGCUCCAAACAUAACCUAUAAGGAGGUUAUCCAUCUUCAGCAAUGCUGCUAGCUGCUCACUUUCAAGUCUUAGUUGAAGUGGCAAGUGGCAUGCUUGAAAAGAUUUAUUUAGCUUUAUAUGCUAUUCACCUAGACCAUUUUUUUUAAUACAGAACACGAUCUUCACAAUCGUUUGUCAUAUCAUAUCAAGUAGGUGGGAUCUGAAUUUUCGAUCAAUGUACCAUAUUGAAAAUGUUGAUCAUUCCCAAAUUGUCUCCUCAA